CCCUCGUCCCCCGUCACGAACGGAUAGCAAAGGAGGUCGUUCUCUACGUUUGUUUGCGACAUAGAUUAUGGACUUUGACGCUGCCGCUCGUCGGCUGGCCAAGGAGCAAUCGCAAAUACACAGUCGUCGAACUCAAAGCCGCCGAGUCGAAAUUUCCGCACGCGCCAAGCGCGAAGCAGUGCAUCGUCAAGCGCAACAAGCCCGGUUGGUCGAAGAAAAACGCGAGAAACAGCGUCAGCACGACUUCAUUACAACUUAUAUGCGACAAUGUGACCGAAUGUUGGGACUUAAAGGCCUAGGGAAUGAUAAUGGCUCAUUGUUGCUUCGUGCGACUUCGAUUCACGGCCAAGGUGACAAGAUUGCGCUGCCACCGAGUGUCUUGCAGUUUCUCACAAACACCGGACUGGAAAUGGCAGAUACACCCUGGACCUUUCGAAUCGCAAUUCGCAACACUAGCUAUGAAUUCCCGGCAUCGCCCUUGCUAAAAUCCAUGUCAAUUCCAAGGAAGAGUCAUACCGUAGAUGAGGAGGACUCCGAUUCGGAAGAAGACACGAACGCUACCUCGGCAUAUUUAGACGAAAUGACGUAUCGUUACCUGGCCUACACACACGCAACCGUCGUAGAAUUUACACAAGAUGAGGGGUGCGUGGGCAUCCCCGAGCCUAUUGCUGCUGCUUUACUUUCACAACGUGGUCGCGGAGAUGUACUUACGACGCGCACUACUGAUCCUUCUGCAAAUACCCACGACAAGUCUAAAGACGUUUCCGAAAGUGAAACGGACAUGAACAGAAGUACAAAUAACGAAACAGAUGAGGGAAAGACUCCUGGACAUAUAGCGUGGGGUGCGUUCGACGUUCCCGAUUGUUUAAUUGAAGUUAGUCUGGUACAUCUUCCGAAAGGGCAAGCAUGUACAUUGGUUCCGACACAAGAAGCUCUCAAAAACGGCUUUCACAACUUAAAAGACGUCAAGUUGGUGUUAGAACAGUCACUGAUACGAACACGCGCAACUCUUUCCGUGGGAGAUUUGGUACACUCCUGGCAUCGUGGAAAAAAGUAUGAUUUGACUGUGCGAGAUGUGGCUCCUUCAACUUUCAACGCGGUACUAUGUAUUAAUACGGACAUUGAAGUCGAAUUUGGGCGUAAUGAAAGGUCAAUGGACAGCGAUGAAGCUAGUGUCUUACACAAUGAGCUUAAAGCUACAUUGUCUGGACGGCGAUUGGGUGAUCCAAUCGACUGUCCAACACGGGACAACGUAACAGAAUUUGACUCGAACAUGCAACGCAUCGCGGAUGAAUUGACACCGGAGCCUCCCUUGGAACAGAAUUCAGGUGUUUGUAUAGUGCAAAUUCGGGGGGAUGGAACUCAUGCUCGCCGUCGUUUCGAUGUCCAAAACUCCACCGUCAAUGAUUUAUUUGCAUUUGCCUCAUUCGUCGUAGGAACCGGAUCUCCGUUUCGACUGGUGACACGGUUUCCUCGUCGCGUCUUCAUUCCAGACCAUGCAUCCAUUUCUCUUGCGGACGCGGGUAUCGCUGAUGGUCAAGAGCUGUUCCUUAUAGAACGAAUAUGA